AUGACCUCACACCGAGACUACACCUAUCGAGGAGCCCCUGUGGCCCGCCUGAAGGCGGUGCAGAAAAACAGACCCUCUAUCCUGUGGACCCGGAUCCCUUCCUUCGCACCGUCACAAUGCCUGUCACCACCUUUAGUCAACCUCUCACCCUUCAAGAGGAGACGAAGCCCUUUCCGCCUAUCUUCUCCAGCAUCCGGCCAUCCGCGCUCUCGGCUUAGCAAAGAAAUACGCAACAUAUCCGAAUGUGUGAGGGGGUGUUGGUGGUGGCGCUCAGGGAUGCCUGCGCAUAGCGUCGGCAUUAGCAAAGUCAUUAAUCGUUUUUCUGAGCAAUAUCUUUUGCAUGAGGAAACCGUGCCGGACUACCGCGUGCUUGGUACGGCUGCUCCACAUGAAGCAACACACGGAAGGAAGAUAGCGAGUCACUCCAUGGGGUCGGUCGUAUCGAAGAUGAUGCACGACAGGGGUCAAAGCCGGGAGGGUUUGGGUUGGGCGCCGGUACGAAACACGACCCCAGUCCCGCUUGGGGUCUGA